CCAUUCCUUGAGUGAGAGUGUAAUAUUUUUGUUACCAUCAGCAAGUGCUUCCCAAGCGGCAUCAGGCUCGUCUGCUACCGCUUUGCGCUGUUUUAAUCUCAAGGGGUUUCUAUUGAAGUGUUCCAGCCAUGGCUACCAAGGUCAUGCAUUUUAAUCAGAAGAAGCAUGUGAGCCACGUCAGCCAUCACACUACUAAGCAUGUUGUCAAGGAGCACUCUUCAAGGAAAUCAAGCUCCAAGUCAGUGAACCAGGUGCAGCACACCCACGCCACAGAGGCUAUGGCUGAACCAGCCUAUACAGUGCCKGCGUUCAGGCAGAGGAGCGCCGAUGAGAUAGAGGAGUACCAGCGAGUGUCUAGUCAUGUUGGGAAAGGACUUGCUUCAAUUCAGAAGGAGCUCCACAGGAUGAGAGUGGCCACAAAGACCCAAGUGGAGAAUAUUGCGAUUAAGAGAGAGGUGCAGGAGAUGAUGCACAAGAAGAUGACGUUGAGUACAGAGACGGACAAGGCACCUGACUUCAUGAUGGCUCUGAGGCCCCACACCGUCUGGGAGAAGACUCCUGUCAAGCUGUUCUGCACCGUAGGCGGUCACCCCAGGCCUAUUGUCAAAUGGUAUAAGGGAGGAAAACCUGUUGACCCACUGAGUGCACCAGGAAAGUACAAGAUUGAGAGCAAGUAUGGAGUACACAGUCUGAUUAUUAGCAGGUGUGUGCAAGGCCUUCUGUUCACUGUCAAGAGACCAGCAGGAGGAGCCUAUGGGUCCUGCCAGCUUUCUGGUCAAGUGCCCCACCUGACUGUGAUCCACCACAGUAAGCUGGAGAUCACCAUGCUGGAUAGGUUUGGAGUGUCGUUCGGAACAGAGGGAGGUUCCAUUAGUCUGGUGUGUACCAUGGUGGUGGUCCCUGAUCUGCCCAACGUACCACCACUGGCCCAGUGGUACAGAGACGAUAAACUGCUGAAGGCAGGGAAGUUGGCUGAGAUUAAUGUUGGUGGGGGCGCUGCCACUUUGACUUUGCCCCACCUGGCAAAGGAUGAUGAAGGUCUGUACACCCUCCGCAUGUGGACGAAGGACGGCACCACCGAGCACAGCGCCUACCUCUUUGUGAAAGAUGCUGCUCCCUCUGUGGUCGGAGCACCCGGUGCACCAAUCAGCGUCAAGGCAUUUGACAUCAACUCAGACUACGUCCUGGUUGCCUGGAAACCCCCCAACACCACCCAUGAGGCUGCCAUCACCGGAUACUUUGUGGACAAACGUGAGUCUGGUAGUGCUACCUGGUCCCAGUGUAACGACGCCCCAGUGCAGAUCUGUAAGUACCCCGUGCACGGCCUGARCGUGGGUCACGCCUACCACUUCCGGGUCAGGGCUGUYAACAGUGCCGGGAUCAGCAGACCAUCCCGCGAGUCUGACAAGGUGACUGCCCUGGACCCAGCUGAGCGAGAGAGACUGCAAGUGAUUAAACUGGAUGGGAAACAUGAAGUAGUGAUUAAAGAUGAUGACCUGGAAGGUUACGUUACAUUGCCGGGGGAGCCUACAGAUAUGCAUGCCUCAGAGAUAUUCAAAUCAUAUAUCGUGCUGAGCUGGAAACCCCCCAGCCCUCGUGGACGGGCACCACUGUGGUACAUCAUUGAGAAGUCCAUGUCAGGCACUGGGGCUUGGCAGAGGAUCAACACAGCAGUGAAACUGCAGUCCCCUCGCUACCCCGUUUUCGAUUUGGAAGCCGGGAAAAAGUACCAGUUCCGUGUGUAUUCUGAGAACUUGUACGGGGCCAGCGAGGCCUCUAAGCCUACAGAUCCCAUCGAAAAGGUGGAUGAGCAUGGUAGUGAGCGGCCUGUUGGUGUUCCCUCCGCUCCUGGUCAGGUGGUUGCCACCAGGAACACCAAGUCCUCYGUGUUUGUGCAGUGGGACCCCCCCAAACACCCCAACCACCUCAUGGGGUACUACAUAGAUGCCUCUUUGGUGGGAUCAAAGACCUGGGCCCCAUGCAACCAUAAGCCCUACAAGCACACCAGGUUUGUGGUCCAUGGACUGACCCCGGGGGAGACCUAUGUGUUCCGUGUCCAGGCUGUCAACAUCUAUGGCCUCAGUGAUGAGUCCCAGGAGUCUUCUCCUAUUGCUGUGGAGCCCGCCCUCAAGAGGGGAGUGGAGUAUGCGACGCCCAGUGCACCUCAUGGCAUCACCAUGCUGAGCUGUGACGGAGCCUCUAUGAUCAUUGCCUGGAACAGUCCCAAGCACUGCGGUGGCUCCAAGAUCAACGCCUACUACGUCGACAAGCGUGAUGCAGACAGCCUGGCCUGGAAGGAGGUCAACUCUGCCCCUACCAAGACCAGGACCUACACGGUUGAUGGGCUGACGGAGGGAACCUUCUAUGAGUUUAAGGUCCAGGCUGGGAACCUGGCAGGUGUGGGCGUGCCCUCYGCUCCCAGCACACCUCUGAAGUGUGAGGCCUGGACUUCCGCAGUACCUGGUCCAGCCUAUGACUUGGCCUUCAGAGAGGUCAGAGGUGACUCCCUGGUCAUCCUGUGGAAGGCYCCUGUCUACACYGGCGCCAGUGCCGUCACUGGAUACAUSGUGGAGAUGGCCAAGAAGGGCCAUCACUACCACCCCCUGAAUGAAGAGGCUAUUGGCCACUGUUACCUGCAGGUGACUGGUCUGGAGGCAGGAGCAGAGUAUACGUUCAAAGUGAAGGCUGUCAAUGCUGAGGGAGUAGGAAAGGCCUCCCAGACAUCUGAGCCAGUGUUUGCCAAGGCUCUGCCAGGCACCCAGGAGAUCCAGUGUGGAGUGGAUGAGGACACUGGUGAUAUUUUCCUGUCAUUCGAGGCCUGUGAGAUUUCUGAGACCUCCAACUUUGCUUGGUCUAAGAACUACAAAGAAAUCAGUGACUCAACAAGAGUCGCCAUAGAAACUAAGGGCAAACACUCUAAGCUGACUUUCGUCAACCCAGACKUAAGUGAUUUGGGUGCCUUCUCUGUGCAUGUGACUGACACUGAUGGAGUUUCUGCUAGCCACACCGUGACAGAGGAUGCCCUGAACACCAUGCUCGAACUCAGCUACAACAUCAGACAUCCAAUUGUCCCACUGAAGCACCAACUGAACUAUGAGGUUCUAGAGAAGGGCCACGUGCGUUUCUGGCUGCAGUGCCUCAAGAUGUCACCCGCCRUCACCUAUAGGUUCAUUGUCAAUGACAAGGAGGUCACCAGCAGUGAUAGCCACAAGAUCAGCCAUGACGUGAACACCGGGGUGAUCCAGAUGACKGUGGAUCACUUCUCCAAGGCCAGCGAGGCCACCUACACCGUCCAGAUCCACGACGGCAGAGCCAAGAACCAGAGCUCUCUGGUCCUGGUGGGAGAUGUGUUCAAGGCUGCCUUGAAGGAGGCUGAGUUCCAGAGGUCAGAGCACAUCAGGAAACAAGGUCCCCACUUUGCUGAGUACCUUUCCUACCAUGUGGAUGACGAUUGUACUGUUCUGCUCGUCUGCAAGGUUGCCAAUGUGAAGAAAGAGACUGUGUUCCACUGGUUCAAGGAUGAGGAAGAGAUUGUUCUGGAGACCCCUCCUAACGUGAUGUCUGGAUCCGUUGCUCUCCCCAUCUCCUUGUUCUCCAGAAAAGACCAGGGCCAUUACAAAGCUAAACUCAGUGAUGACAGAGGGAAAGACACUUCUGUCUUUGACAUUUCUGGCCAAGUGUUUGACGAUAUUAUCAACGCCAUUGCCCACAUUGCUGCAUAUACCGAUGCCUAUGAGGAGUACCUGAGACUCAAGGCUGCAGCCUUCGCUGAGAAGAACCGUGGUAGAGUGGUUGGUGGUCUGCCAGAUGUGGUCACCAUUAUGGAGCAGAAGACCCUGAGCCUGACCUGCACAGUCUGGGGUGACCCCAGUCCAGAGGUCACCUGGUUCAAGAAUGAAAAUGAGGUAGUCUCCACUGAGCAUGCCAAGAUAACACUUGAGGCCAAUAAGUUCGCCAGCCUCACCAUCACCGCCGUCACGUCCGAGGAUUCCGGCAAGUACAGCAUCAACGUACGGAACAAAUAUGGCGGGGAGUUCGUGGAGAUCACCGUGAGCGUCUACAAGCAAGGCGAGAGCCCCCCCGAGCCCAAAAUGGGAGGGAGAGGAGCAACACCUGCACCCCUGGCCUCCAAGACCCCUGCCCAAACCCCCACCCCGUCCCUUAAGUCCCCCACCCCGUCCCUUAAGUCCCCCACCCCAUCCCUAAGGUCCCCCACCCCAACCGCCAAAUCCCCAACCCCGACUCCUAAGUCCCCAACCCCCCCUAGGCGUGUUAAGUCGCCCAGCCCUGCCAGAUCUCUCAAGUCACCAACCCCCACUAGAAAGUAACCAGGGAUGUUGAUGCCUGAGAAGGCUUGAGGCGUUUCCUGCUACUGUUUUAUAGCAUGAGUUGAGUGAAACCAGAAGCUGUUACAUGAAGGUAUCCAUUUUAGAUGUCAUAUGUCAUAUAGCUUGGUCACUGAGCUUUAACAGGCUGUUGAAAAAAUAAAUGAACAGAGUAGAUGUUAAUCAUAAGUGUUAAUCAUAGAAAAAGCUGCACCUUCCACUAUACUGUACUAUAUAAUGGAAUGUCUGAAGACCUGGGAUCAGCCUGCCUAAAGUGCCAGGUGGGUGGAAUUUUCCAUUGCAACAGGCCAGCUCAAUCAAGCACAGCUAAAUUAUUUGAAGUGAAUUCAAAUGGUAUUUGAGUCCAGGUCUGAAUGUCUGUGUCCAUUUCUCUGUGGAUGGUGAAUAGAUGUCAGAGAGUGCAGACGGAAGACACACAGCCAGUGCCGUCCGCACUGCAGUCACUAUGCCAGAGAAGUUACGUUUGUCUGCACCGUGUUGCAUUUCCCCCUUUGCUUUGUGUUAGAAAUAAAACCUCACUUAUCACCUC